GGGGAGGAGACCAAGUGCUGCUUUAUCUGUGAUGCACUGAAGAGUAAAAUUCACUUCUCUCAGAGUGAGUGAGAACAACAUCUGCACAUCUCUAACACAGCAGACAUGUCUGAAGUAGAAACUGACGGGUUUUCCAGUAGGUCUUCUCAAAGUCCUCUUGAGGUCUACAAUAUGAAGAAUAGAAGAAGAGGCCUCGCUCUCAUCUUUAACUGGAUACAGUUUGAUCCUAAACUGAAAAUGAAUCCAAGGUAUGGGAGUGACAGAGACUGCAAGAACUUGGAGAAAAGCCUGACAAGCUUUGGCUUUAAAGUAAAGGUCUACAAUGGAAAUCUGACUGAUAGUGAAGUUAUUGCUAAACUCGAUGAAGCUGCAAAGGCAGAUCAUUCAGAUGCAGACUGCUUAUUAGUUGUCUACAUGAGCCACGGUGAAAAAGAUCAUGUUGAAACCUUCAAUAAAAAGCUAAUGAUUAGUGAUAUCACAGAUAAGUUCAGAGGAGCUGAGUGCAAAGGUCUUGCAGGAAAACCCAAAAUCUUCAUAUGGCAGGCUUGCCGUGGAUCUGUGUUUGAUCAACCCGUUGAUCACAUUGAGGAAUCUGCUUUGGAGGCUGGAUCUGUGAACGCUUUUCCUGCUGGAGCUGAUUUCAUCAUGUGUUACGCUGUGGCUGAAGGGUACUUUGCCCACCGGCACAAAGACAAAGGCUCCUGGUACAUCAAGGAGCUGUGUAAGCAGCUUGAGAACUACGGGGAUUCACUGGAAUUCACAGAAUUACUGACACUCGUUAACAAAAAUGUGUCUGAGAGGAAAGGUAAAGGUGAAACGGUUAAAGGUAAAAUGUCAAAGCAAAUACCUUGCUUUGCAUCAAUGCUCACCAAGGAACUGUACUUAAAAAAAAGUUCCACUAAAUAUGAUAAUUGAUUUGAUGAUUCUUUGGUAAACUGGGUGUGUUUCAAAAGAUUUAUAUGAGAUACAAGAUUUAUAUAAGAUUUCUGUUGUUCUACUACUCAUUUACUUGGUGAUUAUGAGCACUACUGUUUAUAUAAGCAUUGAUUUAUCAUCCAUAUUUAUCUAAUGUACUCCUACAGUAAAUUUUGUGUUUAUAUUGAUUGAAAAGAUAAUUUUUAAAGCUGUCAGGUAGUUUACUGACCAUCAAGUUCUGUUGACUCGCUGGUGUAUAAAAAUAAACCAGCAAGUCAAAGGAACUUGAUGGUCUGAGUUGUCUUUUAGUUGGAGUUAAAUACUGGAAAUUUGUAUGGAAACCUUAAUGACCAGGUUGUACCUAAUCAUUACAUAUUAUGCAGUCACCUUACUGUCAUCCUCCUUGUCCAUAGCACCAACCAUCAGGUCUUGUACCUCAAGGAGAAGAUGUGUUCUUUAGAAUGUGCUAUGGAUGUAAAAUACUCAUUGUCCCAUAAUCAGUGACUUAUCAUUUUUUUAUAUUGUCAUGACAAACAAAUGACAAACUGAUAGUGAUAAUGACAAACUGUGUACACAACAUUAUGUGUGAUAAUGUAGUUACUGUUUGCUGGCCAUAUCACUGGGAUUUUUACCAGCCAGAAAGUAAUUCAUCAUAAACUAUUUCAAACCAUUUAUUAUGAAAUUCAUACUUAAUGCUAGAAAGUAAUUUUUGUGAUUUUAAUACACACAUAAUACAUAAUACAUUUGUUUUGUGUUUAUGGCCACUGGCGCUGUGUUUUUAUGAAUCAGAACAUGUGUGUUCAAUAAAGACAGAAUU